CUAUUUCACAUUUUCACCCUUCUUUUUUUCAAAAAAAAUCACCCUUUCUUCUUUAUUCAGUUCGCCACCUCAUACAAACAUGUUAAACUCCAACGAAAUUGCAGCAGGGCAGCAGCCAUAACCAUCGUCCAGCUCUUUUUUUCUCUCUCCUCUCUCAUCUUCCAUUAAACUCUCUUCCAAAAAACCUCAAUAACUAUUUCCACUUGCUCAAAACAAGCUAAAAAUCAGUGAUCUACAAGUCAAAUUCAACGCAGUCGAUCGUCAAAAAAUUGAAGUCAAAUCAAGCAAAUUCAACUCUUGGAUCUCUCAAUUUCAGCUGCAAAAUGCAUUGAAAUUUUCAGCUAUUCGAAUAAGAAGAGAAUGAUUGCGAUGAAAGGUGCGAAAUCGAAGUUAAGAAUUGGUGGAUUAUUCGCGCUAACAACAUUAAUUAGUAUAAUUGGAUUAUACGGAUUAUUAAAGCCAAUUCAAAAUGGUUGUACUAUGACAUACAUGUAUCCGACCUACAUUCCGAUAUCGGCGCCCAAGAAUUUGUCGUCGAAUAAGUAUGGAUUGUAUUUGUAUCAUGAAGGAUGGAAGAAGAUUGAUUUUGAUCAGCAUCUUAAGCAGCUUAAUGGUGUUCCUAUUUUGUUUGUUCCUGGCAAUGGCGGUAGCUACAAGCAGGUGCGUUCGAUCGCAAAAGAGUCUCAUUGGGCAUAUACCUCAGGGCCACCUGAACGUACCUAUUAUCAGGAAGCUUCCCUGAGUCCAGAGGAGGGAGGGCUGGACAUUGACACAACUAAGUUUUCUCUGCCCAAUAAAUAUGCUUCUACGCUGGAUUGGUUUGCUGUGGAUUUGGAAGGUGAACAUUCUGCCAUGGAUGGUCAGAUCCUUGAAGAGCACACAGAAUUUGUUGUAUAUGCCAUUCAUCGGAUACUGGAUCAGUAUAAAGAGUCUUCUGAUGCCAGAACAAAAGAAGGUGCUGCUGUCUCUGUUAAUUUGCCAAAAAGUGUUGUAUUAGUUGGUCACUCCAUGGGAGGAUUUGUUGCUAGAGCUGCAACUGUUAACCCUAACUUACGGAAAUCAUCCGUUGAAACGAUUCUUACACUUUCAACUCCACACCAGUCACCUCCUGUGGCAUUGCAGCCGUCUUUGGGCUACUACUACACCUCCAUAAAUCAGAAAUGGAAAGAAGGAUACCAAAUACAAGGCCCUCAUGCUCAGAGUUAUGCAUCACAACCUAUGCUCUCUCAUGUUGUUGUGAUCUCAAUUUCUGGCGGAAUUAAUGAUUAUCAGGUGCGGUCGAAAUUAGAAACUCUUGAUGGCAUUGUUCCUCCCACUCAUGGCUUCAUGAUCAGUAGCACCGAAAUGAGGAAUGUGUGGUUGUCAAUGGAACACCAGGCCAUUUUAUGGUGUAAUCAGCUUGUUGUCCAAGUGUCACACACACUUCUUAGUUUGGUGGAUCCAGACACGAGAAAUCCAUUCACUGAUAGACAAAAACGACUGGCAGUAUUUACGAAGAUGCUUUAUAGUGGCCUUCGACAAAGAGUUUUAACAACUGGUGGCGAUGAAAGCUAUUCACAUGGUUCUUGUCCAAAAAACAUUCAAUGGGAUAUGGACAGUCUUGAGAAGGAUCUUUAUAUUCAGACGUCAACAGUCACUGUCUUAGCAAUGGAUGGCAAGAGACGGUGGUUGGACAUUCAGAAGCUGGGUUCAAAUGGGAAAAGCCAUUUUGUUCUGGUUACAAAUCUUUCUCCAUGUCAUGGGAUUAGAGUUCAUCUCUGGCCUGAAAAGGGAAACUCUUCAACCGACUUGCCUCUGAGCCAAAGAGUAGUGGAGGUGACAUCAACAACGGCACAGAUUCCAUCAGGACCAGCACCAAGGCAGAUAGAACCAGGGAGUCAGACAGAACAGCCUCCUCCAUCUGCUGUAUUUUGGUUAAGCCCUGAAGCUAUGCAGGGAUUCAGAUUCAUAACUAUUUCAGUUGCUCCUCGGCCGACGGUAUCCGGUAGACCUCCACCCGCAGCUUCAAUGGCUGUUGGACAAUUUUUCAAUUUGCAGGAGGGAGUCAAGGACAUUUCUCCAUUCUCGUUACUUCUGUCUGCUAUUUCGCAGAAUGAGAUGUUGUUCAAGGAGGAUCAUCCUAUAGCUCUUAAUCUUUCAUUUUCCAUUAGUUUAGGCCUACUACCUGUCACAAUGUCUCUAAAAACGAGUGGUUGUGGAAUAAAAAAUUCAGGGCUUUCAGCUCAAGAGGAUGACGAUGCUGAAAACAACCGACUCUGCAAGAUGCGAUGUUUUCCAGCUGUGGCCUUCGCUUGGGACAGGACAUCUGGCCUUCAUAUACACCCAAAUUUGAAUUCCGAGACAGUCGUCGUAGACUCUGCACCAGCACUCUGGAAUUCAGCCCAGGGAUCAGAAAAAACCACUGUCCUGUUAUUGAUCGAUCCUCAUUGUGCAUACAACGCUAAAUUCUCCGUUUCCAUCACUGCGGCUGCAAGUAGAUUCCUGCUUCUAUACUGUUCUAAGAUAGUUGGUCUUGCCAUUGCCGUAGUCUUCUUUGCUCUCAUGAGGCAAGCACGUGCUUGGGAGCAUGACUUGCCUAUACCGUCAAUGCUAACAGCAGUUGAGUGUAAUAUGAAGCUUUCCCCAUUUCUCCUAGUGACUGCAGUUCCUCUGUUGAUCCCGUUGGUCCUCUCGGUCCUUCAAUUUCAUCCAGUUCCAUCAGUCUCAAGCUUCCUUGUUGUAUCACUUGCCUGUUACAUGGUUGCAAAUGGCCUCAUAAUUAUUGUGAUAGUAAUCUCACAGUUCGUUUUUCAUGUCUGUGCUGUUGCUCAUGUUUUCUUCAGAAAAAGGUGGCAAGUGUGGGAAGGGAACUUUUGUUUGGUCUGUCUCCAACAGUUUAUCAACCUUGGCUCCAGGAUCUUUUCAAUUAAGGUGGUGAGAGUUGUUAGAUCUAAUCCAGUACUCAUGACAGCCUUGGUAGCUAUCAUUUUGGUGUGCUUUGUUCAUCCAGCAUUGGGCUUAUCAGUACUGCUGAUAUCACAUGCUUUAUCCUGCCAUAAUGCAUUGUGCAGCUAUCUGACAGCUUCCUAUCGCAGAGGAACAUACAAGAAAGAAUCAAUUAGUUCUAAAGAUAAAGACUAUGAUCGACCGGUUCAGUAUGCUUAUCAGCACAGCCGUCGAUCGAAACGUUAUUUGCCUUUAGAAGAGAAUCAUAACAUUACUGGUGGAUCCCCUUACAGCUACGAUGACAUACAGUUAGAGAUCUUUCACCACAGACAUGGGAUGCUGAUUUUGCAUUUGCUUGCAAUGCUGAUGUUUGCUCCCUCCCUCGUGGCUUGGUUGCAGAGAUUAAGACUAGGUCAGAGCUUUCCAUGGUUUCUAGAUUCAGUUCUUUGCAUUGGUGUCAUCCUUCAUGGUGUCUGUGACUCAAAUCCAGAACUUAAUUUCUUCGUGUAUCCCAUCCCUGGUGUACGUGGGCUAGAAGUAAAAUUGAGCAUUGCCUACUUGCUUGCUGGAUACUUUUCAUUCUUGUCAGGCCUGGCAUUGGCUCCUUAUAGGGUGUUCUAUGCCAUGGCUACUAUUGGAGCAUUUUCAUUUGUAUUCAGAAUGAUCCGAAGGAGAAACAGAGAAAAGGGAGAGGCAAUUUUUAGUAGCCGGAAGCACUCUCAUCGACAAUAGUACGUGCCCCUCUUACUGUAAGUGUUCUUUUUGUAGGUAGGUUCUGUAUGUUGUACCAAUCAUUCGUUGAUUGCUUUUUGGAGGUAUUGUAAACCUAGCCUCUAUUACCGCAAUUCUAUAACCAUAGUCACGCAACAUGAUUUUUACUCAACAAAAAUGUAGAUUGAAGCCUGAUAUAGGACAAAGGUUUUAUGUGAAGUCACUAGUCAGUAUCCCUUUAGGGAGAUUACAUAGUUUUUGCCUUUCUGUUUCCUCCUGUAGCUGUAACUACAAAUUCUUAUAUGGAUUUUAAACUUCAGCGUCGUUACAA